AUGAUUGUAUCUUAUGCUUGUGCUCUGGCAAUCGCUAUUACCCAUCCCACACUGUUUCGGUACAUUGAUGGCAAGGAAGCGGAUGGGCCAACUCAAAUCAACCCUCAAGGAUACGUCACAACAACUUCAAAUGUUCUAGCCAAUGCUUUCGGUUUUGCAAUGAGAGCAUCUCUGGCUGGAACGCUUUCGCUAUUCAGGAAUGCGGUCUCGGCUAUGGAUGGAAGCUUCACCCAGAUCAUCACAACCUCCACGGGGAGUGUGACGCUAGAAAAAGCAGCUGCUGGUGGAUGCCUAGGCGGAAAUGAGAGCAUGCCAAAGGAACUCAAAGACUUGGUGAUCAAGUUCGGGGAGUUUAUUGGUAGAGAUGAGCCUGGAGUGAUAAAACGUGCUGGGUUUGGGGUCGAGGGAGAGAUAAAGGAUUUGGAGAAAGGUACCAACAACGGAGUCGCAAGAUAA